AUGUUGACAGGUGACCAAGUUUUUGAGAAGGUGAAAGAUAUGAGUACUCAGUUUGGCAAGCCUUUUGCAAAUACGCUUGUCAAAGGUGGGUGGAAGAAGAGUGUUAUUGGUACGUUACUCAAUAUACAAGGAAAGUCUAAGGAUGGCCUUAAAGCAAGAAAGGACUUAAUAGAGAUGGGAAUAAGAAGUGAAUUAGGACCCAUGAAGAAAGGAACACGAAUAUAUCUGCCGCCUACUGCUUAUACUUUAUCUAUAAAGGAGAAAAAAAAUAUUGUUAAGAUGAUCGAUCCUGAGAUCUUACCAAUAUUGCAAAAAGAAAUAGUUAUUACUUUGUGCGAGCUUGAAAUAUAUUUUCCUCCAUCAUUUUUUGACAUUAUGGUACAUCUUGUUGUUCAUCUUGUGAAAGAGACACAAUUGCGUGGACCAGCUUAUAUGAGAUGGACGUACCUUGUUAAGCGUUAUAUGAAAAUAUUAAAAGGGUACGUGAAAAAUCAAAGUCGGCCAGAAGGUUGUAUGGUUGAACGAUACAUUGUUGAAGAAGCAGUUGAUUUUUGUACUGAAUAUUUGACUAAUGUUCAAUCCAUUGGACUACCCAAAUCUCAUAUUUUAGAGAGGAAGGAAGGAAUAAAUUUGAUCAAAAAUAAAAUUGUGACAGUAUCAAGGGUUGAACGGGAUCAAGUGCAUUUAUAUGUUCUGCACAAUAAUAAUGAGGUUGAGUUGUAUGUUGAAAUGCACAAGGAUGUACUCCGAGGUUUAAAUCCGAACAGAAAUGAAAAUUGGAUUAUACGAGAGCACAAUCAAAGUUUUAUACAAUGGUUCAAAGAUCAUAUUUAUUCAAAGUUUGAUUUAGAUCUCGCUUCAAUAAUAGAAAGAUUGAGAUGUUUAGCAUAUGGUCUGAGUUUGCUCGUGUUUUCUUAUAGCGCAUACACAAUUAAUGGAUGCACGUUUUAUACCAAAGAACAAGAUGAUAAAAGCACUGUGCAAAAUAGUGGUGUCACUGUUGUAGCUGAAGCAAUGCACAUUUCAAGUAUGAAUGACUUAAACCACAAAUAUGCAAAUCUGUCUUAUUUUGGGGUUAUCGAGCAUAUUUGGAUGUUUGAUUAUGAGAAAUUUCAGAUUCCUAUCUUUGGUUGCAAGUGGGUAUAUAAUAGUGGCAUACGAAUGGAUAAGUCGGGACUUUUACAAGUGGAUCUUAAUAGGGUGGGGUACAAAGAUGAGCCUUUUAUUCUAGCCUCUCAAGCUAAACAAGUGUUCUAUGUCACUGAUCUGACAAGUACGAAAUGGUCUAUAGUGCUUUUAUCUAAGAAAGUGAUUGAUGAUAACAGUAUAAAUCAAAGUGAUGUUGAUGUUGAGAAUGAGUCAUAUGUUAGAAAGAAUGAGUCGUAUAUACGAAAUGAUCAAGAUGAGAAUAUUAUAGCGGAUGAAACAUAUAUUAGAAAUGAUCAUAAUGAGGGAAUUUGGAUCAUCCACCCGUCCAAGUUGUUAAGAUCCAAAUUGGGACUCGAGACUCCUUGUUUACCUCUUUUCGUGCUUCUUGGCAUUUUUGUAUGGACUUUGGCUGAAUACUUGUUGCACCGGUUUCUUUUCCAUGUUCAAACGAAGAGUUAUUGGGGGAAUACAUUGCAUUAUCUUCUUCAUGGAUGUCAUCAUAAGCACCCCAUGGAUAGCUUAAGACUUGUUUUCCCGCCGGCUGCAGCCGCUAUAAUAGCCUCCAUGAUUGUAGUCGCGUCUCAAAAUCAUUUCAUCAUUUCAUCGUUUCAGGUUGCAAGGAAUCGCUUCAGGUUGCAAUCGCUUCUCAAAAUCAUUUCAGUUGGUUUGGCAAUUGGUGAUGGAUUAACAGACCCUAUAACACAAGUUGUUACUCAUGCUGCUAAUGCUUAUUACGUUGGAUUAAUAAAUAAGAAGCAAAAGAAUGAGUUGGAAAAAGCACAACUUGAAGUUGUUAGAUUGGUUGAAAGAGGGAAUUGGAGUGAGGCAACUGAUGCUAGAAAUAAUGCAUUGAGUUUAUUGUGUAGUAUGACUGGGUUGGCUACUUUGUUUGAUUAUUGUGAAAAUAUAUUAGUUCAGCACUCUCGCUCUGCAACUCGCAUUUCUCGUGCUGCAACACUCAAUCUGAAUUGCUCAACAAUGCUCACAAUGUUUGCCUCUCAUCCUCUCCUUCGUGGAUCUUCAACUCAGGUAUUCUUCAUAUUUAUUCUUUUACUGAAAAUGAGUUUUCCCCGUUUAUUCAUGUUGGAAUUCAUAGUAGUCAAGGUUGCUAAAGAGUUGUUUGAAAUGUGA